CACGGCUGGAGUAUUCCCCACAUUUGUUUAAUGUGUAUGUGUAUCUGAAGUAGGUCAAUUCUGACAUUGGCAGGUAUAUAAGUCCUGCUGGAAGCUCUGAACUGGACCAACACCAAGUUGCCCCUCUUUCAACAUUCGCAUUCCCUAUCAGAAACUGUAUUUCGGAGGCCAUGGAUGCUCGCCCAAAGAUGAUAUACCUCCCAGACACUAUGAUUAACUGGCCCUGGCCUCGUACCAUCAAUCCUCAUUACGAGGAUGUGAAAGCUGAAGUCGAUGCUUCAUUCCGUGACUUCAAGGCCUUGAGUCAUGAGUCACAAGAAGCAUUCGACAAAUGUGAUUUUGCCCGCCUAACAGCACUGGCUUAUUCUAACGUACCAAGAGAACACCUUCGAAUCGGUUGUGAUUUGAUGAAUUUUCUCUUCCUUGUGGAGGAGUGCACCGAUUCCGAGAAUGAGGCAGUCGCAAAGGAAAGGGCGGACAUCAUGCUCGAUGCCCUACAUAAUCCCCAUAAGAUACGACCAGAAGGAGAAUGCAUUAUUGGCGAAGUCACGCGACUGUUUUGGGCCCAUGCAAUCAAAUUCGCAAGCAUAGCCUCUCAACGUCACUUCUUUGAAACAUUUGAUGAAUAUAUUAAUGCAAUAGUUGUCGAGGCUCUCGACCGCGAACAAGGCCGUAUGCGUAGCAUCGAUGACUACCUGAAGCUCCGGCGGAAAACAGUUGGCGUCAAACCAUGUUUCCUGAUAUAUGAAAUGGGGAUGGACCUUCCUGAUGAAGUGUUCUACCAUCCCGCCAUUGUGGAUCUUGCUGAUUGCAUCUCAGAGUUGACAAUUAUCGACAAUGACAUGAUGUCGUACAACAAGGAGCAAGCAGCUGGGAACGAAUACCAUAAUUUGAUCACUGUUGUCAUGUUGGAAUUGGACCUCGAUAGAGGCAGCGCAAUGGCUUGGGCAACACAUUAUCACGCUGAAAUUAAAGAACGAUUUAUCGACGGUCUUGCGAAGGUUCCUUCAUGGGGGCCUUCUAUCGACGUCCUAGUCAAGGGGUACCUUGACGGAAUAGGAAACUGGGCUCGAGCAAACCAUUCUUGGAGCUACGAGUCUCAAAGGUACUUUGCCACCAAGGGUCUGGAAAUACAACAAACCAGGCUUAUUCCGUUGUUGCCAAAGGUCAAACAUAUGGUCGCGUGAACGUAUAUGUACUGCUCCUUCCUCACAAUCUGAUACUAACUUUUUUGAACCUCUCGUAUUUCGUUGUGUUAUGUGCUACAGUAUAUAUAUGCUCUCACCAUUUCUCUACCCUUCAGUCGGCUAGAAAGUUGAAGUCACAAUUAUGCUGUUCCCGUUUGUAUAGUAG